UCCAGCGCGAGAGGAGAGGGCACGCCGCGUCUGGCGCAGGCAGAGCGCCCUGGGACGCCGACAGUCGGCGUGCGCACCCCGCCAAUGGCACGCCCCCCGAGCCCACGACCGCUGCUGCCUGCGCUCCUGCUGCUGCUGCUGCCGCUGCUGCUCCGAGCGGGGGACCACUUCCCCACAGAAGGCCGGCUCAUGAACAGCUGUAUCCAGGCCAGGAGGAAGUGCCAGGCCGAUCCCACUUGCAAUGCUACCUACCACUACUUGAAUUCCUGUGCCUCUAGUAUAAGCACCUCAUCACCUGCAGAGGAGCCUUCGGUCCCUGAGGACUGCAUGGAGGCAGCACAACAGCUCAGGAAUAGCUCUCUGAUGAGCUGCACAUGCCAUCGGCGCAUGAAGAACCAAGCUACCUGCCUGGACAUCUACUGGACCGUUCACCCUGCCCGUAGCCUUGGUGACUAUGAGCUGGAUGUCUCUCCCUAUGAAGACACAGUGACCAGAAAACCCUGGAAAAUGAAUCUCAGCAAACUGAACAUGCUCAAACCAGACUCGGACCUCUGCCUCAAGUUCGCCAUGCUGUGCACUCUUAAUGACAAGUGUGACCGGCUGCGCAAGGCAUACGGGGAGGCGUGCUCCGGGUCCCGCUGCCAGCGCCACACUUGCCAAAGGCAGCUGCGCUCCUUCUUCGAGAAGGCGUCGGAGCCCCACGCUCAGGGCCUGCUGCUGUGUCCGUGCGCGCCCACCGACCAGGGUUGCGGGCAGCGCCGGCGCAACACCAUCGCCCCCAGCUGCUCACUGCCGUCGGAGGCCCCCAGCUGCCUGGAGCUGUGGCACAUAUGCGUGUCCGACCCGCUGUGCAGAUCGCGCCUGGCGGAUUUUCAGACCCACUGCCAUCCCAUGGACAUCCUAGGGACCUGUGCAACAGAGCAGUCCAAAUGUCUGCGAGCAUACAUGGGGCUGAUUGGGACUGCCAUGACUCCCAACUUUGUCAGCAAUGUCAAUGCCAGUGUUGCCUUAAGCUGCACCUGCCGAGGCAGUGGCAAUCUGCAGGAGGAGUGUGAGCGGCUGGAAGAGUCCUUCUCCCGAAACCCCUGCCUCAUGGAGGCCAUUGCAGCUAAGAUGCAUUUUCACAGGCAACUCUUCUCCCAGGACUGGACAGCCUCUACCUUUUCCCCGAUGGAACGCCAGAACAAAAACCCUGCUCUGAGGCCACAGCCCUGGGUGCCCUCUCUUUUCUCCUUUACACUUACCUUGAUUCUGCUCCUGAGCCUCUGGUAGCUGGACUUCCCUGGGGGCUCUCUUCCCCUCUACCACACCCAGCUGACCUGCAGCCUGCAAGGGGUGAGGAAAGGACAGCAUCAGGAAGGAGGUUCGGUACACAGCAUGGCAACCCUGACCCCACCCAACACCUCCAGUCGACUCCAGAUUAGGCCACAGUAGAAGCUGACUAGCCUAGUUCUCAUUCCCUUCACUUCUUUUUUUGUUUUGUUUUGUUUUGUUGUUGUUGUUUUUGGCCAUGCCGCUUGGCUUUUGGGAUCUUAGUUCCCCGACCAGGGAUUGAACUGGGCCCUGGGCAGUGAAAGCUCGGAGUCCUAACCACUGGACCGCCAGAGUCAUUCCCUUCACUUCUGACUCAGGCUGCCCCUCCUUAGGACUUUAGCCAUAUCUUCUGGUGGUGUCCAGCUCUACCAGGCUCUCUCCUUACUCCUUUCUUCUGCCCACCGGGAUCACCCAGGCUCUAACAAAUCAGUCACGCUUUCUUGCAUUCUCCAGGUAGGCAGGGCUGGGUGUUCUGAAGCAACCUAGAAAGACAUUCCUCAUGGUGAGGAAAGCUGGAGCAAGACUCUUGGCCCCUUGUCUCCUCCUCUGAAUGGGGGAUGGGAACCUACUGCCUGCCCGGGGAUCCUACAGAACAUUUGAGCCUCAGGAGCUGGAGCAUAUGGGCCUUGCUUUCUUCCUGCUACUGUCCCAAAGUCCCCUUAGCCUCUUGGAUCAUGAUUAAACAUUUUAACUUAAAA